AUGGGCCCAUCCCGCUUGCCUGAUCCUAUUUGGGCCCACACACAUUGCCUGGUUACACGCCCUAGGCCCAUGGUGUGCAUGGCAGCAGGCCCUGGGCCCGCCAGUGUAUUAAGAAUCCAGGGAAGGGCCCAUGCUUGGCAUUGGACAUCAGAUGGGCCCAUCUCAAAGGGUGACAUCACUGCCCAGGCCCACCCAUGGCCAUUGCAGCAUCUCCAAGGCCCACCGCUGUAUUUGGAAUUCAUGGAUGGGCCCAUGCUAUUCAGCGUACAUUACAUGGGCCCAUGCGGAAGGAGGAAGGCACUGUCUGGGCCCACUCGUGGUAGUGUUGACAUUUGCUGUGGCCUGCCCGUACCAUGCGCCAACCGGGGCGAGGCCUACCACAUGUGUUACAUGGUUGGUGGGCCCGUCCGUAGUCACCGAGAUGCAUUUCCAUGGCCGAACCGUAUCACCCAUGUUACUGUAGUAGGCCCACCCGCCCACAUACCUCAGAAGGACGGGCCCAUCCAAGCCAUAGGCUGUCGUGAGGGCCGACUGCAUCCAGACAUACAUCACCUGGGCCCACCCACACUGAAUGUAGAGGAGCAUGGGCCCGCCCAUCCACUCGGAUACCAGAGUCAAGCCCAUCCGUGA